AUGGCUCAAAGGGGAACGGCGAAUUUCCCUGACCCUUCGAGGGAGCUGCCACAUCUCACGAACAACGCUUGGAGCGCUGCACAAAGCUUGCUGCUCAGACCGUUGCCUAUUCGGUCCGCAUGCGUUCGAGGCCGGCACAGCCGACGCCACUUAAGCCUCCUGCCCUCGGGUCCUUCCUGGGCGCAUUCCGGCUCUGGUGCCUCUCUCCCUCUUCUCUCUUCUCCCCCUUGGACGGCUUCUUCUCUGUCCCCCGCCCUCGCGUCUUCCUCGCCCGUCCAGGUGUGCGCGGCCUCCCGUUCUUGGGUGGCCGAGGCAGGAAGAUGCACACACAGCAGACACAAUGGGGCGAGGCGGCUGCACUUCUCGCGUCCCUUCUGUCUCCAGUCAUGGACGCGUUUUUUCUCACAGCCGAAAACGGGAGAGUCGUCGGAGACUUUGGGCGGUCUCCGUCACUCAAGAACGAUCUUCUCCUGCGGGUUGUCUCUCCACACCAGGCAAACCUACGGCGCUGCCUCUUCGGAGCCCGCUUCAGCUUCCGGGCCUCUCUGCGCCUCUCCUUCCCCUUUUUGCCUCCCGCCUUCCCCGCCCUAUCCGUGUGCGUCUGCCUCUCGAGGACGGAGAAGUUUGAGAGCGAGGGGAGACUCAGAGGCAGCUCCGGUCGCGGCGCAGGGCGGCCGCCCGUCCCUUCUUCCGAUGUUCUUCUCUCCUGGGUGUUUCUCUCCUUUCCAUUCGGCGGCUGUCUCGCCUUCGUGCGAUCCUGCUCGGCCUCCGUCUUCUCCGCCUUCCCCGUGUUUGUUUGCCGCCACAAGAGACGAGUCGACCGGCAUGCGCGGUUCUGCUUCGUCGCCUUCGUCGUCGCCCCCUCCUCGUCCGACUGCUGCCCCUCCCGCAGGCGCCUCCUGUCCGUUUCUUCCCGCACUACUCGCGCCGCCAUUCAUCCACUCGCUCUCGCCUCUGGCCUCGCGGUGGGUCGCGUGUCUCUCUCCAUUCCUCCAGGCGCUUCCUCCCCCCAGGCUUCGUCUGUGGGGAGGCAGCUGCUGUGAACUCGAGCCGCUUCUUCUCCCCCCCCCGCUUCCUCUCUCUGUCCUGUUUCCUCACCCGCUGCCCCCGUCUGUUCUCUCGUCUCCUCUUCUCCCUUCUACUUCUCUGUCCCCUCAGUCUGCCUCUCUGCUUCCGCCGUCUGUCGCGGCCGCUCUUCACCGCUGCUUCCGCGCAUCUGCCAUCUCUCCUCUUCAGCAGUUUCUCCUUCCGCUCUUGCUGUCCCCUUCUCACGACUUGUUUGUCCUCUCGCGCAUGCACUCGGGCAAAUCGCUAGCUGUGCACCUCGCUGUGGUUCUGCGUCUGCUGGAAGGCGACAAGAGAGCGAACGCCAACGCGGUUGAGCGGGAGGCUCGGCCGCACGCGACGCAGAAUCCUCAGGAGACGCUCGAGAAAGGGAAGGAGACGGCGUUUCCUCAAUGUAUUUUCCUUCUCCCCACACGCGACACAGCUACCCAGACGCAUGCAGAGCUCCUCGCCCUCCUUCGGUACACGCCGCAGCUGCGCGUAGCUCUUCUCAGCGGCGAAACCGCCUUCUACCAGGCGCAACAAGAGGCGGGAGAAGAACGCGGGGCUGGCAAGCGGGAACGGAGGGCCGUUUCCGAUGUGGACGGCGGCGAAGAUCGCCAGGAGGCCGAAUGCGCAGACGAGCCGGGAGGCGUCUCCCGACGAGGCUGCUCUGUACGCGUUUUCCGCCGCAUCGAGAAGCUGAGGGCGCAUAUCUGGAUUUGCACACCGGGGAAACUUGACGAGUAUCUCGGCUACAUCAGCUGGAAAGACAGCUUGAGGCGCGCGACGACCCGGCUGACCCCGACAGGUGACAAGGCGGAGGCGGCAGCAGACGAGAGGCGGGCGAAGACAGAUGAGACAGAAGACACCCAAGAAGGCGGAGACGGGUGUUUAGGCCGUUGUAGCUUGCUGGUUGUGGACGACGCGGCUGCGCUGCUUCAACAGAGCGAGAGAGGCAGGCAGGCGACAGCGGCUCUUCUCCGGCUCAAAGAAAGAUUGCCGCCAGGUGAGAAAGGCGCCGAAAGGGGUUCGGAAGCCGUUGUCCCAAGAAGUAACGCGAUCUCCUAUUUCCUAGUGCCAUUACUGAACUUUUUUGGUCUGAUCCUAAGCCAUCAGACGAUCUUCCUCUCGUCGUGGUUAUCUCCGGACCUUAGGAGUGUCUUUGUUCGUCUCGCGCGGGUCAGGUCGUUGACUAUCAAUGCCUUGGUGACUCCCGCCGUAGCGUCCUUUGCGCCCGCAUACUCGAAUGCUUCUACCGCUCAAGCAAGUCAUCCCACGCCUCGCUCCCCUCCAUUGUCUGUCGGGUCGCGCUCGGCUCCUCUACGUGCAAUGGAUGCCUCUGCCCUCCCCUCAUCUCCUUCGUCCACUCCUCUCCCUGCCUGUUCCGCUUCGUGUCUCUCGUCUCCCUCUUCCACUUCCUCCUGUUCUCGUUUUCCUUCACCGCCACCGUCUCCUGGUCUGCUGAGGGACGCAGACACGGAAGAAGCGCGGCGUCGUUCGAGACAAACGCCAGAGGCAAGCGAAAACGAAACAGAGGACAAGGCUGCUCUUCUGAAGCCUUCACCGUCUGUUCCGCAAGUCAGGGAGACGGUGCAUGCAUUGCCGCGGCGCCAUUCUCUCCGCGAGAGCAUUCUCAACGUGGAGGAGACGGUGGGGUUGUGGGGUCCCAAGCGGGCGGCAGAGUUUCUCGCCAAAAAGAAGAGACAGUGGAGCGAGCUUCAGCGUCACCUGUCAGGUCUCCGGCGCAACGAAGAAGAGCCGAGAGAAGAACGAGGAAACGAAGAAGAAAGGGAUGAAGCGACCGGAAUUCAUGGGGAAACACUUCGAUCGGAGUUUGCAAUAUAUCCUGCAGACUUGCACGCUCACGUACUGUUUAACGUCUUAAUGAACGAGGCGAAUCGAGCUGCGGAACUGGAGACAAAAAGAAGGGGACUUCACAGGGGAGACGACGGAAGGAUGGAAAGGAACGAACACGAAUGCGGCGCGUUUUCAGGAAGCAGGGAAAAGCCUCACCGAAUCAUUGUUUUCUUCUCAUGUCUCAAGAGUCUACAGUUCCAUUAUGUCUAUUUCAAACACUAUGUUUUUCCGACGCUUCUCACAUCGAAGACGGCGGAUCCCGUGGCGGUUUCCACUCUUUCCGCCUUCCCAUCCUUCUCACCGUCUGUUUGUUCUUUAUCUUCGACAUAUUCGUCUGCAUCGUUUCCCUUUUCUUCUCGUCCGUCCACGCUCCCUGCUCCUCCCUCGAUUCCCGCGCGACUUCCAACACUCUUGGCUCUGCAUCACGGGCUCAGUGGCGAGAGAAGACGUGCGGUGGUUGAAGCGUUCUCAUCGCCCUCCGUUCGUGCUUCUCGUGCGCCACCUAAAGGUCCGUCGUUGCCUGUUUCUUCGGCUCCGUCGCCUUGCGCGGUCUCCUUUUCCUCGUCUUCUCCCUCAUCCGCCCCCUCGCCUUCUGGAUAUCCUGCUGUCUCCGCGCCUUCGCCGCUUGCACCCCAGGCUCCGCCUUCUGUCGGGGACUCUUUUCCUCUGCCGGAUUCCGAGCCAGGACGCCUGACAAGCCGUAGCCGAAUCGCGAGCGCCGGCGAGCGAGAACCGCGGAUCUUGCACGGACACGAACCGCCGCAGUCUGCCAACCCAAACUGCGAAGUGCGCGUUCUUUUCGCCACAGAUCUCGCAGCCACGGGCGUGAAUGUGGGAGACGUUGACUUCAUCGUUCAUGUGGGGAUGGCGCGUGAUCCGGAGCUCCUCGUACAGCGUCUGACGCGAGUCGCACGACCCCGCGACCCCUUUUUUGGGCCUUUCACAGGCUCGUCGACUCCGCUCUCACCAACGUCCGUUGCUUCGUCUGCAACGUCGUCUUGUGCCUCGUCUCGCGUCACGUCUCCCGCGACUUGCUUUUCCUCUGGUGCCUUUCCCGCCUCUCCUCCAUCUGAAAUGUUUAGGGACGUGCCCGGGACAGCGUCGGCAGGAAGAAGAGAACAAGAAGGUGUCGUAGGACAAGUCGCAGACAAUGGCAAGCUUUUUCCGUGGGACCCCAUCGAGAACGGCAUUGGCAGAUCCCUUCUUCUUCUCCACGACCUAGAGACGCAUUUCCUCUUUGAAUGUUUUUCCGAGGGAAUCAAUCUUACUGAACUGCAUCCUCGGUCUGCAUUGUCUCUGUUGAGCCCAAAUCGGGCGCUCAUUGCAAUUUUAGGUCAGAAAGGCGACAACGAAAUCAGACCAGAAGCAAGCGAGGAAGGCGAGGAAGACGAGGAACACAGCCCAAGAGGGCGGAGAGUGGAAGCUGCCUGUACAAGAAAGACAACGGUGGCAGAAACAGAAAACAUCGCUUCCUAUAGCUGCCAUUCCUUGAAAGAAGCCAGCCAGGAAGAACCUGAAACAAAAGGGCAAAGAAAGAAAGCGAGCACUCGGACUGAGGAGAGUGAAGAGGUGGAAGACGUGGAAAAGACAGCCUGCGCGGAUUACCCUACUCCUGUGUCGCAGACGCCUUUAUCUGUUUGGCCUUCUGGAGCCUGGUGGCACGAGGUCCCCUCCUUGCGUGCGUCGGCCGACCUUUUUUACCGUUCUCUCCUCGGCUUCUACGCCAUGCAGUCGAAGCGCCUCAAAUUCGACAAGUAA